AUGUUACUUCGAGUAGAAAUUUUCUGUCGAUGUGCUCAACAAGGUUUGGAACUUUUCAAAUCAUCUUCAACUAUUCUUUCAAAAAUAAACAAGCACACUGUCAUUUCCAUUUCAACAGCAACUGGUUCUGGGAAAUCAACACUUUUGCCUGCGUUACUAGCCGCUGAUGGUUAUGGAAAGAUUAUCGUCACUCAACCUCGUCGAUUGGCAUGUAAUUCUAUGUCAGAUCGCGUUAACAAGACAAUAGGUAAAAUAAGUGGUUGGGCUGUUGCCGGAGCUCGUUCGAAAAAUGAUCAUAAUACUCACAUCAUGUAUCUCACCGACGGUCUACUCAAAGAAUAUCUACAGUACAACGAAGGAAAAAUAAUAAGCGAAGCAGCUAAUUGUGUUCGAGGCAUGGUUUUCUUCAUUGAUGAAGUACAUGAACGCGCGGUCAACAUAGACCUUUGCUUAGCCUUUCUUGCAAAAUUGCUACAAUUGGAUCUCAAAGGAAAAGUGAAAAUUAUUCUCUCUUCGGCUACAAUGGAUAAUUCUGUACAAGAACUCUUUCAAAAGUUUAACAACGAUUAUUUUGCCCUUCAAAUUGAAUCUACACUCCGUUUUCCCGUUCAUACGUCUCGCAUUAAAAUAAAUGAAACCAUGUUUGACUUAAUCGAACGUUUGAAAAAGGAUUGUAAGAAACACGAACAAAUUUUAUGCUUUGUCAAGUCCAAUACCGAUGUUACUCAAUCCAUCGAUUUACUUAAACAACUGAAAAAGAUUGAUGCUUUUCCUCUCAUUGAAUUUCAAUCUCCUAUCAUUCAACAAAAACUCGUUGCUGAGGAACAGAUUUUUUUCUCAACUACCGUCGCACAAACAUCUCUAACUUUUCCUUCUCUCAAAUAUGUAAUCGAUACUGGUAUAAUCAAUAUACCAAUCUAUGAUCCACAUACAGACACGACUGUUCUCACCAAAAUACCUGCUUCUCAUUCAACGAUUACGCAACGAAAAGGUAGAUUAGGACGAACUCAACCAGGGGAAUAUUUUCCAUUGUACAAUUCUCACGUAAAACGUCUUGAUUUUCCUACACCACAAAUUUGUCAAACAGAGUUAAGCAAUAUAGACUUUGGAUUACGAAAAUCAUCGGAAGAAAAAGAUUCACUUGAAACUUUCAAACAAUUGUUGCCUAAUCAACUUGAUCAAGCUAUCAUUAUUCGAGCUCAUAAUCGAUUGAAAAAACUUGGAAUCUUGGUCGAUGGAAAGCAGUUCACCCAGAAGGGGAAAGAUAUUGCUCAAUUGCCUGAUUUUGGUACACUUGAGUUGUCUACUUCGGUUCAUGCAGCAUUGAACAAAUACAAUUGUGGUCGAGAUGUCAUUCUUCUCGCAGCUAUUUUAAGUGUUCUGAACACAUCGACCAUUCUACCUAAACUGUCAAACAAAUACAAGAGACCAGAGGAAGGUGAUUAUAUGUCUCUUCUAGCUUUGAUGCAUGAUCUUUCAAGUCAACCUACUAGUAUCAAUAAUCCAGAACUAGCAGAUAUUCAACAUUAUCUUAGACGAGCACUUUUACGUUUGAAAAUAUUUGAAACCUAUUUUAGCAAUACUAGUACAAAAUCAGAAUGGCAAAAAUCUGCUAAAAUAUCUUCUGACAACUGGUAUAAUAUAGCUCAAGCUUUUCUCGAUGGAUAUUGGGAAAAUGUUUAUAUUUCACUCGAUCGACUACAAGGUCGUAACAAACGAUAUGGUCGCUACAGUGUAACACCAGAGGAAUUCGAUGAUUGUCGCAAGCAGACAGCGGUCCUAGACAGAGCUACUGUCAUUUCUCAAAAAUUACACCCCGAAUGUGUAUUUGCUCGGGAUAUAAUUUGUUCUACGGCUAUUCGAACUACUUCUCGCCUUUCCUUUCUCGGCAUUAUUCCAGCUGCAUGGUUAACACACGAAAUUGAACGUAAAGUCAAAGUAACUGCUACAGAAAUGACGAAAUUCAAAGAAGAAAUAUUUCAUUCUAUCGAUCAUCAUAUCACUUACUCUACGACUGGUCAUGAAAUUAUUUUCAAAGGUCCAACAGGGAAAGUUUUUGACACAGAACAACAUGUUCGAGAACAAUUAUGUAACGAAUACAAAUGGUUUCUACCAGAGAGAGAAUCAUGGAAAAAUAAUUCAAUGUUACGAAAAAAUAUGCCAAAAGUGAAAAGAAACAUUUUCAUGCCUUUUCUAUGGCGUUGGCAAAAUGAAAAACAAGUAGAGAAAAUGAAUAUUGAAAAAGAAUCGCCUACUCUUCUCAAAAUAGUAGCAACAUGUAGAGAAAAGGAUGCUGAAUCUAUUGUAGAAGAAUUGAAUUCUUUUUUCAAUUGGCUUAGCCAAUGUGAAUCUUUUCAAAAUGAACAAACGGACAAUGUUCAACCACAACAGUUAAACUCGAGCAAUUCAGGUAUUGAACAACGAAUUAAACGAGUUACAGAUGCAAAUCGAACGUGGGCGGACUUAAAACAAGCUGUAAGUCAAGGAACAAGAGAAUCACGAAUGGAUGUUAUUGCAUGGACUCUAGUGUGCAAAUUUCACUGUAAACUCCAUGGUGCUUUUGUACGUGAUCGAAUUAUAAACAAUCGUGUUUCACCAUCGUCCGAUGCAAAUCCUGAAUCAUGGGUAAAUUACGAAAGAAAAAGUGGCAUACCUGUUCUACAUUCAAAAAUUACACCAUCGACAAUCGAUUGUCAUUUACCAAUCCAAGACUAUUUUGAUAUUGAACUUCUUUUGGAUGAAAUCCACAAAUACGAAGAUAUCGAAGUCAAAGUCUUUCGUCAACAUUGCCAAUAUGUUCUUCUUUUCGAUGAAAAAGCACUUACUGGUCCUUUUAUUGUAAAUUUGACUGAACCUCAUGUUGCUCUGGCACAAGGAAGCAUCGACUUUGAUAUCGAUAAUUUGUAUGUAGAACGAGAACAUCCUCAGAAGCUUCGUCAACGAGUUGAUUUAAGUGGCCCACCUUGUUCAUCAGAUUUGGAAGAAAUAGUAAAGAAGAUUCGAAUGUAUCAUUUUAAAGUACUACGACCUAUUGACGAUGAUCGAGUUCGAGAGAGUCUCAAAAAACUCAAGUCGCAAGGCUAUUCACAAGAUGGUCCACCUCUUACAUUGUCUCCCUCGAAAUCGAGCUGA